AUGGUAACGUGUGGAGAUGAUAAGCUGAUCAAGGUAUGGGAUAUGAUUGGGCGGAAGCUAUAUAACUCUGAAGGCCAUGAAACACCCAUUUAUUCUGUAUGUCCCCAUCAUAAGGAGAAUACUCAGGUAAAAAUUAAAUUGAGAGGUCAUCAAAAGCGUAUAACUGGUUUAGCAUUUUCGUCCAACCUCAACAUCAUGUUAUCUUCAGGUGCCGAUGGUCAGCUUUUCAUAUGGAACACUGACCCAUGGGAGAAGAAAAAAUCGGUUACAGUUCAACAUCCAGCUGGAAAGAUGCCUGUUGUUGAUACUAGAGUUCAGUUUCACAGCGACCAAUGGGUCCCGCAGGAUGUAUUGCCCGCAGCCAUAACCUAUGCAGCAACAUCUUACUGA